AUGGAGUCGGUAAAACAAAGGAUUCUGAAUCCUGGGAAGGAGAAACUGAAAAAUCUUGCUGGGAAGUCACUCAGUCAGAUCUAUAGAGUCCUAGAGAAAAAGCAGAAGCCCGAGGACAACAUCGAGUUGACGGAAGAUGGGAAACCCCUGGACUUGCCCGGGAAGAAAGCACCUUUGUGCGACUGCACCUGCUUCGGGUUACCUCGGCGAUAUAUCAUCGCCAUCAUGAGCGGACUGGGUUUCUGCAUUUCCUUUGGAAUCCGCUGUAACCUUGGAGUAGCCAUUGUGGACAUGGUCAACAACAGCACCAUCCACCGAGGAGGGAAAAUCAUCAAAGAGAAAGCGAAGUUCAACUGGGACCCAGAAACAGUUGGAUUGAUCCACGGCUCCUUCUUCUGGGGGUAUAUAAUCACGCAGAUCCCCGGGGGCUAUAUCUCAUCCAGGCUAGCAGCUAACAGGGUCUUUGGUGCAGCGAUACUACUGACAUCUACCCUCAACAUGCUAAUACCAUCUGCUGCUCGGGUGCAUUUUGGAUGUGUCAUCUUUGUUAGAAUCCUGCAAGGUUUGGUUGAGGGUGUAACUUAUCCAGCUUGCCAUGGAAUAUGGAGCAAGUGGGCUCCUCCUUUAGAGAGAAGUAGACUAGCCACUACAUCUUUCUGUGGAUCCUAUGCAGGUGCAGUCAUUGCAAUGCCAUUGGCUGGGAUUUUAGUCCAAUAUACAGGAUGGUCUUCUGUGUUCUAUGUGUAUGGAAGUUUUGGCAUUGUCUGGUAUAUGUUUUGGCUUUUGGUGUCAUAUGAGAGCCCUGCAACUCAUCCUACAAUUACAGAUGAGGAGCGCAGAUACAUAGAAGAAAGUAUUGGAGAGAGUGCUAAUCUUCUAGGAGCAAUGGAAAAAUUCAAGACUCCAUGGAGAAAAUUUUUUACUUCUAUGCCUGUCUAUGCAAUCAUAGUUGCAAAUUUCUGUAGAAGUUGGACUUUUUAUCUGCUCCUAAUUAGUCAACCUGCUUACUUUGAAGAGGUGUUUGGAUUUGAAAUAAGUAAGGUGGGAAUGCUGUCUGCACUGCCACAUUUAGUGAUGACCAUUAUUGUGCCUAUUGGGGGACAAAUUGCAGACUUUCUAAGAAGCAAACAAAUUCUUUCAACCACAACUGUCAGGAAGAUAAUGAACUGUGGAGGCUUUGGAAUGGAAGCAACCCUUCUCUUGGUAGUUGGAUAUUCUCAUAGUAGAGGUGUGGCCAUUUCCUUCCUUGUUCUUGCUGUGGGGUUCAGUGGAUUUGCUAUAUCCGGAUUCAAUGUCAAUCAUUUAGAUAUUGCUCCAAGGUAUGCCAGUAUCUUGAUGGGGAUUUCAAAUGGAGUUGGAACAUUGUCUGGGAUGGUAUGCCCUAUAAUUGUUGGAGCAAUGACAAAAAACAAAACACGUGAAGAAUGGCAGUAUGUCUUUCUUAUUGCUGCCUUGGUCCAUUAUGGUGGAGUCAUAUUCUAUGGGAUAUUUGCUUCAGGAGAAAAGCAACCAUGGGCAGACCCUGAACAGACAAGUGAAGAAAAAUGUGGCUUCAUUCACGAAGAUGAACUUGAUGAAGAAACAGGGGACAUUACUCAGAAUUAUGUAAAUUAUGGUACCACUAAAUCUUAUGGUGCUACGACCCAGAUUAAUGGUGGCUGGCCAGAUGGCUGGGAGAAGAGAGAAGAAUUUGUACAAGAAGAAGCACAAGACUCAUAUAGUUACAAGGAAGGAGAGGAUUAUUCAUAA